AUGUAUUAUCAGGAGAAUUAUAGAAAAGCUCAUCAAUAUCUCAUCUAAAGACAAAAAUAAAUUGAUUUUCAACCAAAUAAAUUAAAUCAACCAUAGAUUAUUACUAUACGUAAAAUCUUAGAAGUAAUACGUUCAAAAGACAGAAGUAAUAGUUACUUAAAAUACAAAAAAACUACAGGAUAAGAAAAAAAAGAAGAAACUCAUUCACCAUAGAGGCUUAUUACUUCAAACUAAGAACCUAAAAAUCAUAAUCGAUCUAUUGUAUCUAAAUUAUUAAGAUUAAAUAAAAUCACUCGAAAUAAAACUUAAGUUACACCUAUUUAAUAUAAUUUUAUAGAUAGAAUUAUAGAGCCUACUAAAAAAAAAAUAGAAAUCUAAUCUGAAAGAAAUUCGCCUUUAAGAAUUCGAAAAAAUAUACCAUGUAUUGACUAUUAAAUGUCUACUUAAGUACUAGUUUCGGAUAAUCAGAAAUAAGUCAAUAACAAUAUGACUGAUAGACAAUUUUUCAUUUAGAAACCUAGACUUAUAGAAAAUAUUAAUUAAUAACAAGCUUAAAGUAAGAGUAUAUAGAAUUUUCUAUCUCAUCAUUAAAGUAUUCGUACAGAAUAAGCAAGUCCAUCUUUAAGGAGAUUAAAUAAAACUAGUUAUCAAUGUGAAUAAACAAAAAAUAAUACUAAUUAAAUUAAAAAUGAAAAUAUUGAUAAAUAGAUAUAAUUAAUUAGAAAAGUAAGUGGUUGGACUAUUUAAAGUUAAGAUAGUAUUUAAACACCAUUCUGA